CUUUCAUCUUGACUCAAAAUAUUGAUGUAUAUUUCUAUUUAUUGUAUAUUAUAAGGGCUAUCUUUUGUUUCUCAGUCUGACAUUCCUCCUCUCAGUGUCAAAAUAAUAAUAAUAAAAAAAAACCACGAUCUGUAUAAUUCAAUCCAUUAACUCUCCUCCAAAGUACUAAAGAUGCAAUCGAUCCAUGUUCAAAAAGCUGCAUCAGCUAUAAAAAACAAGGCAACCUCACCAGAUCCUAAAAAAGUUGAUUUAAAAUUUGAUUACAGUCCAAGUCAAGAUGGCAUUGAUCAUAAUUUGCUAAUCUUACUGCAUGGUUUAGGCGAUUCAAAGACGCCGUUCACAAGACUUGGACAACAACUUAAACUUCCACAGACCGCAAUUAUAUCACUCCAAGGGCCUGAGGAGGUGCCCUAUCUUGACGGCUGUUUUCAGUGGUUUCCUAGCUUUAACCUGCUCACAGGUGAAUUGCUGCCUCCAGGACAUCCUGAAAGAAUGAAAGGUUUAUUGAAUAUAAGAAGCAAGAUAAACAAGUUGUUGGAGCAUCUUGUCAAUGACUGUAAUUGGAAUCCACCCAAUAUAUUCCUCUUUGGAUUCUCUCAGGGUGGGACGGUGGCAUUAGAUACAGCACUCUUUGGUAAGGUGCGCAAUUUGGGAGGCAUUAUUAGCAUCAGUGGGUACUUGCUUGAGGAACAGAGCACAGACAGUAGAAUAGAUGGAGGAUAUCCUGGAUACAUCCUUAUCACUCAAGGUGAAAGAGACGAAACAAUGAACAAGUCGAUAGCAGAGACAAAGUUUAAACAAGUAAAGAAGCUUUGUUCACCAUCUGCUGAAGUCUCUCAAGUAUUCAUCCCAAACAAGGGCCAUGCGAUGCCUAGUACAGAACAAGAAUGGAGAUUGAUUCACACUUUCUUCGGAAAAAACAUGCCAAGAAGAAACAUUGAAUUAGAGAAUAUGUCUGGUGUUUAUUUGGUCAAUCAAUAGGAUCCCCAACCAUCACCAAAUAGUUUACAGUGACGAUG